AUGUCCUACCCGCAGUUUGGGUACCCCUACUCCUCGGCUCCCCAGUUCCUGAUGACGACCAACUCCCUGAGCACGUGCUGCGAGUCCGGAGGCCGCCCGCUGGCCGACUCGGGGCCCGCCGCCUCGGCCCAGGCGCCGGUCUACUGCCCGGUCUAUGAGAGCCGGCUGCUGGCCACUGCGCGCCACGAGCUCAACUCGGCCGCCGCGCUGGGAGUCUACGCGGGCCCCUACGGCGGCUCCCAGGGAUACGGCAACUACGUGAGCUAUGGCUCUGAGGCUUCCGCCUUCUACUCCCUGAACAGCUUUGAGUCCAAGGACGGAGCCGGGUCCACGCAUGCAGGCCUGGCACCAGCAGCCUACUACCCCUACGAGCCAGCGCUGGGCCAGUACCCCUACGACAGGUACGGGACCAUGGACAGCGGCACGCGGCGGAAGAACGCCACGCGGGAGACCACCAGCACGCUCAAGGCCUGGCUGCAGGAGCACCGCAAGAACCCCUACCCCACCAAGGGCGAGAAGAUCAUGCUGGCCAUCAUCACCAAGAUGACCCUCACGCAGGUCUCCACCUGGUUCGCCAACGCGCGCCGGCGCCUCAAGAAGGAGAACAAGAUGACGUGGCCUCCCAGGAACAAGUGUGCCGACGAGAAGAGGCCCUUCCCGGAGGGCGAGGACGAGGAGGGGCCUGAGGAGGAAGGGGCAGGAGAGCCUCUCAAGGGUACCAAGAAUGAAGAGCCUGUCAGCAAAGAAGAAAAGGAGCUGGGGCUCAGCGACUUGGAAGACUUUGACUCACUGGAGGCUGAGACUCCGGAGUGCCAGCUCAAGGCCCCUUUCCAGCCCCUGGCUGGAGGUCUGGAGCGGGCACCUGCUGUGCCCGAGGGCCCUGGCUCCGUGGGCAAGGAGGCCUCCAGUGCCCUCCGGAUGCCCCUGGCUGCAGCUGCCCUGGAGGAGGACCUGGAGCGGGCCCGGAGCUGCCUCCGGAGUGCGGCGGCUCGGCAGGAGCAGCAGCCUGGAGCCGAGGGCAGCCAGGCCUGCGAGGCUAAGCUGGGCUUCGUUCAAGCGGCCACUGCGAGGCUGGAGGCCAAGCCCCGCAUCUGGUCACUAGCCCACACAGCUACGGCCGCCGGGGCCCUGAGCCAGACUGAGUUUCCACCCUGCAUGCUCAAACGCCAAGGUCCCGCUGCCCAUGUGGCCUCGGCUCCAGCCACGUCCUCGCCGGGAGGCGCAGCCGCCUCUGGUGCUCUGGACAGGCACCAGGACUCCCCAGUAACCAGUCUCAGAAACUGGGUGGACGGGGUCUUCCACGACCCCAUCCUCAGACACAGCACUUUGAACCAGGCCUGGGCCAACGCCAAGGGGGCGCUCCUGGACGCGGGGCCUCUGGGACGCUCGCUGGGGGCGGGCGCUAACGUGCUGACGGCGCCCCUGGCGCGCACCUUCCCGCCCGCCUCAUCCCCAGACGCUCAGGCUGCGGGUGGAGCCAGGGAGCUGCUGGCCCCGCCCAAGGCGGGCGCCAAGCCGUUCUGCUCCUGA